UCAGCAGCGACUUCAUCCUGCACGACGGGAUGAAUGCGACCGAGGCGGAGGUGGACGAGGAGGCCGGGAUGGUGGCUAGCCCGAGGAAGGCCAACAAACGGAAGAAUAAGAAGAAUAAGAAGAAGCGCAAGAAGCAAGGGAAGAAACAGAGGGCGAAGGAAGACCCUCUGGAAGAUGAAGACGGCUCCUUGGAGAGAAUUCCGAGGUCGGCCUGGGCGCCCUCGAGCGGCAGCUAUCGAGGAAGCUCCCGACGCAGCUACCACCGCACCAGGUACUACACGGUGAGUCGAGGGCGGCCUUCGCGGAGGAAGCAGUACCGGGUCACCAUCUCGCGCCACGACCCGCCGGCUCGAACCUCCUCCCCGGCCAAGCCCCAGCGCGACCCGGCCACCAGUUCGUCCCCGUCGCGCGGACACAACGAAAUCAUCCCUCGCAAGCCGUCGAAGCACGUGCCCGAGAGCUCCAAGGAGGUCUACUAUCCCUCCAAGACCUUCGGCUUCUUGGACCCCAAGCCUGCGAAGCCCGAGGCUGAAGAGGCGCCGGCGACGCCCUCCUCGGGGCACGAGAGGCGAGAGCUCUUCGUGCUGAAGGUGCGCUCCUUCAAAAGCCACUGUGGAGGCGAAAUCACAGAUGACCGCGGGCGCUUCACCAGCCCGGGAUACCCACAGAAGACUGGUGGCAAAAAUUCCUGCUUCUGGAGAUUCAAAACCCCACCCGGAAGUCACUGGAAACUGCAAUGCACGCACUUCCGCAUCCGCAAAUCUCGGAACUGCAUGCGGGACCACCUUGCUAUACGGAUCAACGAAGGCGACUGGACGAGGUAUUGCGGUCGAGAAGGACCGAGUGUUGCACUGACCUCCUCGCACGCAGCUUAUGUCGACGUCGUCCUCAACACCUUCAGGAACGACUCUGCGAGAACCAUCUGUUCUUGGGAGUCUAGAUACUUGGGAGGAGCACAAAACCAUUACGGUUACCGGCGUUACUGGAGCUACAACCUUACCCGCAUAACCACGCCGCCACCUACAACCACAACUACCACAACAACCACAACCACUCUCCCGCCCUCGCUCGCCUACCAACAGACAUGGAGUUGCACCGACUACCGGAAGCUCACCUCCGACCACACCAUGUGCCGCUCCACCCCGCCCACCUGCUCCGUGUACCUCGAGGGCGUGACGAGGAGCGAGAGGGCGUUCAUCCUCGAUUCCCACAACAAGUACAGGGCGAUCGUGGCGAGAGGCGAGGAGAACGAGGGGCUUCCGGGACCCCAAUACUCGGCCUCGGACAUGCAGCAGCUGGUCUGGAAUGACGAGCUGGCGCAGGUGGCUCAGGCGUGGGCGUCCGCGUGUCCGGAUUACCACGAUUGUCAGGACUGCAGGCGUGUUCUGUCAAGGGAUUACUACGUCGGCCAAAAUAUUUUUUAUGAAUGGAGCAGUAGUAACGGCGGUUCAGUGUGGGAAACAGCGGUCAGACUCUGGUAUGAGGAGGUCAAGUAUGUGCCCAACUACCUCACGAAAAGUUUCCGGAUGAUGGACCACGCCGUGAUCGGCCACUACACGCAGCUGGUGUGGGCGGAGACGAGGGAGGUCGGGUGUGGGGCGACCUACCACGACUGCUCCAAGGUCUUCAAGGGGCGGAUGUGGAAGCUCAAGUGCAAGAUCUACGUGUGCAACUACGGGCCUACGGGUAACUACGUCAGAAAACCGAUGUACAGCAUAGGGCCGCCGGCCUCGGCAUGCCCUCCCGAUACCCGACCGUCCAUACAGUAUCCUGGUCUCUGCGCUCUUCGCUGACAAACAGUUUAGCUAUCUUUUCCAUGUUAAUUUUGACGUACAAUCGAAUCUGGGUACUCUGCUAAUUAAAAAUGCCUCUGAGUGAGGUAAAGUAUGCAAGAAAUGAGCUCGGAGGUCCACCGAAACGUAAAAAUAAUGGACAUAGUUUUCGGGCAAUCCAGUGUCAUUAUAGUCUACACGAGGAAGACAAGAACUACUGUGUGUUAUAGCUUAAAGGAUCUCCUGUCCACCUACCAGUGUAAAGGAGGUGUGUGUAUUGUACUUCAACCCAGGGUUAUACAAGGUCUCUAUACUUGUACAAGUGGUGCUCUACCUGUGCUUCCGACGUGCCUUUCUCGUGCUCUCCACUUUUAGCAAAGAGGAAAGAGUGACAAGGAUGCAACUUGAAAGAUAAGCGAGUAAAUGAAUAGGUAAAUUAAAGUCUAGUUUAUGAGUUUUAAGCCAUUUCUUUUCUAACAAAGAAGUGAUUCCAUGUGUGUGAAUUACAGUGAAGACAAUGCCCUCCAUAAUACAGAUGACUAUGUACUGUAAAACCUGACCCACAGACUCCUGAAAAAGGAGCAACAUGGUAUUUUCCAUAAGACUGUAAGUUCUUCUUAAUGUUAGAACCAUAACAAAGUGCCAUAAAAAUUAUCUUCGUGUUUAAAGAACACAUUGAAAAAGUUUUACUAUGACGUAAAUUUGUUUUAUGUCGAAUUGGCUGUGACCUGUGUGGAAUAGAAGACAU